GUUUGCUAAAAACACCAUCUGAAACAUCACCGAGAAAAGUGCUUUCUGAGAGUCAGCCAGAUGCAUCAUCGGGAGACUGGAGAAUCAAGUUUGCGGCAUUGGCAGCGGCUGAUGAUGAAUUUGUUUACGAGCCCUCUCGCCCAACUGGAAAAGAAGACAGAAAGGGUCCCUUGCGAGUCGGUGUCGAGAAAUCCUCUGUCCUGAUCGAGCUAUGCAAGCCAAAACAACACUUGCAACCAAUGAAGAAACAAUCGGUGAGACAACAUCAACUGAAUAUGGAAUCCAUUACGUCCUUAAUAAAGAAGGUUGUGCAACAUGGAUCAGUUUUUCCUCUGCACAAGAAAGAAAAUGAGUUACUCUACUCUUCGCCUAUUAGAUUUGAGUACUUUGUGAGAAACAAUAGCCGACUACAUGGACCAACCUCAGAGAUUUCUCCUAUUCGUCAUCUGGAAACAAGCCAACACAGUGCUGGCCUCGCAAAGAAUCAAGGGAGAUUGUGCAAGUUUCCAACAAAUUUCUCAUAUGCCACCGAAGACGAGCUUUUGAAUACAGCGCGACACAUGGCUGAGACGGCAAUUCCAAUCAAGAAAACUGUGAAAAAGUUGCCUUUCCAACACGGCCUCUUAUCCAUCUACGCUGAAGAGGAUGAGGAGGAAAGCCAAGAACCAACUCUCGAACAGGAACAUCCUGAGGAUGGGCCAAACCAAGAUGGGGAGGUGAUUGAAGAGGGCGACUUUGAUGACUCGUACUUUCAACAUGAGACCAAUGAGACUGUGGAUGGAAUUCAAGCAAUUGAUGCGGCUUUCGAAUUCAUCAACAGCCCACAAAAGCAUUCCCACGUUUCACUGCGCCAGGAUUAUCACGGGACCCCCAACUCAAGCAACCAAUUUGGCCCUUUAGCCACGCACGAAAUGAGCCCCUACACACCGCCAUUCACGUCAACAAACUUGCAGCCACUCAACUCCGACACAACCACGCUUCAAACAGCGAUCCUGCUUUGGCUCAUUCAAUCUCUUUUUAUCGGAAACAACGCUCGGCAAAGGAUGACAAAAUCGAAAAAUUGUUUUGCAGGAGUGCAAACGCCGACCUCGCAACAAAAAGUUAUUCAAGCCGAGUCACAUCAUGACAGAGAGAAAAGAGUUGACACUACGGCUCGCAUUCGGCAAGCAAUCGCCGUUGAAGGGGAACGGGGCUUAAGAGAUCAUUUUGGAGAUAUCGAUGUCGUCUACUAUUUCGUAAUCCUUAUCAAAUGCGAGACCACUUUGCUUCACACGGCAUUGAAUUCAAACGAAAACAAGAUUAAUGAUGAUGGAUCAAUCGAAUUGAAAAAAUAUUUCCAAAUCGAGAACAUUCAUCCGGAUUUUAACUGCAUCUUUGAAGUGUAUGCCUUGAGAUCAAAAAGAAGGCAUGUCCGCCACUGGCAAAGCCGGAGUUCCUCAUCGCGGAUUCCUUUCACUCUAUCAGAAGACGCAAGGAUUAGCUUCUUGACUCGAUAUUGGUGCGUUCUAGAGAAGGGG